CAUUCCGCUCUCCCGGACCCGGAACGAGUUCGACGUGUGUGUGCAUGCAUGGCAAAGUGUGUUUCCGGUAUAACGUGUGUGUUGAUCGUCGCUCAGCCUUUUUUCCUCUUGGCUUUCAGUAGAAGAGUCCCAGCUCCCUGACCUGGUCACCCCUUUUUAACGGCGUUGUAUCUCAAACCAGUGGACAUGGCAUCUGUUUCGGCACCGAGUCAGGCUGCCCCUUCUCCGGCUGCUUCUCUGCAAAGAGGAAUUGUGAAAAUGGUCUUGUCGGGCUGCGCCAUCAUUGUCCGGGGCCAGCCGCGAGGCGGCCCCCCCCCGGAGCGUCAGAUCAAUCUCAGUAACAUCCGAGCUGGGGCCAUGGCCCGCCGAGCCGCCCAGGGCCAGCCCGACAGCAAGGACACCCCCGAUGAGCCGUGGGCCUUCCAAGCCAGAGAGUUCCUGCGGAAGAAGCUAAUCGGCAAAGAAGUGUGCUUCACCGUGGAAAUCAAGACGGCUUUGGGCAGGGAGUACGGGAUGGUCUACCUGGGCAGAGACACGACGGGCGAGAACCUUGCUGACACGUUGGUGACGGAGGGCCUGGCCACCGUCCGCAGGGAAGGAAUCAGGGGGAACAAUCCAGACCAGGCCAGACUCUGUGAUGUGGAGGACCAGGCUAAAGCCUCCAAGAAGGGCUUGUGGAGUGAAGGCGGCGGCGCGCACACCAUCCGCGACCUCAAGUACACCAUAGAGAAUCCACGCAACUUCGUUGACUCCUUGCACCAGAAACCUAUCAACGCCAUCAUCGAGCACGUGCGAGACGGCAGCGUUGUUCGUGCCUUGCUGCUCCCCGACCACUACCUGGUCACUGUCAUGCUUUCUGGAGUCAAGUGCCCCACGUUCAAGCGGGAAGCCGACGGCACGGAGUACCCGGAGCAGUUCGCGGCCGAGGCCAAAUUCUUCACAGAGUCCCGUCUGCUGCAAAGGGACGUUCAGAUCAUCCUGGAGAGCUGCCCCAACCAGAUCAUCCUGGGCACCAUCCUUCACCCGAACGGCAACAUAACAGAGCUCCUGCUGAAGGAAGGCUUCGCCCGCUGCGUGGACUGGUCCAUGGCCGUCUACACCCAGGGGGCGGAGAAGCUCCGAGCCGCCGAACGAUCCGCCAAAGAGCGAAAGAUCCGCAUCUGGAAGGACUACGUGGCCCCCACAGCCAACUUGGACCUGAAGGACAGGCAAUUCGUAGCCAAGGUGAUGCAGGUGGUCAACGCCGACGCCGUGGUGGGAAAGCUCAACUCUGGAGAACUCAAGACCAUCCACCUGUCCAGCAUCCGGCCCCCUAGGAUCGAGGGAGAGGAGAAGAACAAGGACAAAGACAAGCGCUUCCGUCCGCUCUACGACAUCCCCUACAUGUUCGAGGCCCGCGAGUUCCUGAGGAAGAAGCUCAUUGGUAAAAAGGUCAAUGUGACUGUUGACUACAUCAGAGCAGCGACCGGUCCAGGAGAAAGCACCCCGGCCUUCUCGGAACGCACCUGUGCCACAGUCACGAUCGGCGGCAUUAACAUAGCGGAGGCUCUGGUCAGCAAGGGCCUGGCCACGGUCAUCAGAUACAGACAGGAUGAUGACCAGCGCUCCUCCCACUACGACGAGCUGCUUGCCGCAGAGGCUCGGGCCAUCAAGAACGGCAAAGGGCUGCACAGCAAGAAGGAGGUGCCCAUCCACCGGGUAGCUGAUAUUUCUGGGGAGACGCAGAAAGCCAAGCAGUUCCUGCCCUUCCUGCAGAGGGCCGGCCGGUCAGAAGCUGUGGUCGAAUACGUCUUCAGCGGUUCCCGCCUCAAGCUCUACAUGCCCAAAGAAACCUGCCUCAUCACCUUCCUCCUCGCCGGCAUCGAGUGUCCGCGCAGUUCCAGGAACCUGCCCGGAGGGACGCAGGUGGCGGAGCCCUUCAGUGACGAGGCCAUGAUGUUCACCAAAGAGCUGGUGCUGCAGAGGGAGGUGGAGGUCGAGGUGGAGAGCAUGGACAAAGCGGGGAACUUCAUCGGCUGGCUGCACAUCGAGGGCGUGAACCUGUCGGUCGCGCUGGUGGAGAGCGCCCUGUCCAAGGUCCACUUCACGGCCGAGCGCAGCGCCUACUACAAGACCCUGGUGUCGGCCGAGGACGCGUGCCGGCUGAGGAAAGAGAAGAUCUGGGCCAAUUACGAGGAGAAACCCGUGGAGGAGGUGGUGCACGUGAAGGAGGCGAAGGAACGAGUGGCCAACUACAAACCAGUCUACGUCACCGAAAUCUGCGACACCCUGCACUUCUACACCCAGGACGUAGAGACAGGGGCCCAGCUGGAGAACCUGAUGGAGACCAUGAGGGCAGAGAUCGCCGCCCAGCCGCCCGUGGAAGGCGCCUACGCGCCGCGCCGAGGGGACAUCUGCAUCGCCACGUUUGCUGACGGCGAAUGGUACAGAGCCAGAGUGGAGAAAGUUGAGUCCCCGGCACGGGUUCACGUCUUCUACAUCGACUACGGCAAUAGAGAAGUUGUGCCGUCCACUCGUCUGGCCGCCAUGCCCCCCGCCUUCGGCAUCAGGACCCUGCCGGCACAGGCCACCGAGCACGCCUUCGCCUACAUCCAGGUCCCUCAGGACGAGGACGCCCGCGCGGACGUGGUGGACUGCAUCGUGCGGGACAUCCAGAACAGCCAGUGCCUGAUGAACGUGGAGUACUCGGGGGCCACCUGCCCACACGUCACAAUACAGUUCGGGGACACCAAGGACGACGCUGGCCUCGGCCUGGUCAAGGAGGGCCUGGUCAUGGUGGAGGUCCGCAAGGAGAAGCACCUGCAGAAGAUGGUGACGGAGUACCUGAACAGUCAAGAAUCCGCCAAGAGUGCCCGGCUCAAUAUUUGGCGCUACGGAGACUUCCGUGCAGACGACGCCGACGAGUUUGGCUACAGGCGUUAAAAAGGGGAGAGAGAAAAAAAAAAAACGACGCCGACCAUCCGAUCAACACCAUUCCAAAGACCAGCGUGGACGGCGCCUGACGCAUCGGACAGAAGACAGAUGACGGGGAAAAAAAACUAAAAACGAAACGACAAGCAUCGACUCAAUCCUCCUCUUUAUUCGACAUUUCAUCCCUCCAGUUCAGACUUCUUUUCUGCUCCUCCCUCCCACCCCCUAAAUAGCAUGCUACAUGCUAGCAGUGCUAAACGGACCCCUAGUCAUGCAAGAAUCACUUCCCAUUCAUCCUUAGUUCUUCCCAACGGUCCACUGCCAGCUGAAGCAUUCUGCACUAUUGCCAAUCUGUGUUAUUUGUCAUGUUACCUUUUCAGCGGACUUCCUGUGUGAAUUAUUCCCGCUUACUUCUGUAGAGGAAGGGACUGCUUGGGGGGGGGGACACCUGACUUUUGCAAAUAAAUGCUUCCCUAAUGAAUUUCAUGUAAAUGUGAGGAUAUGUUGAAAAGUGUAAAUGGGUUUAUUUUGGAGAGAUGCUGCAGGUGAUUCCACACAGACAAAAAAAAGGAUUAUUUUUGUCUUCAGCGUGUAUCUGUGUGAUGCCAGUUGCAGAUGUUUUUUUUGCGGGGAGUGUUUUGUCGUUUAUUCACACUUAUGACCAGUAAAAGCCGAUUUCAUCUUUCUUCUUCUGUAAAGUUUACAUUCUAAUAAUGGUUAUGAUCGUGUCCUGGGCAGCCUCUCUUUCUGUCUCCGAAUGCCACAGCAGAUACCGUGUUUCAAUUUGUUUCCACAUUAUGAACCUCUGCAUUCUAUUGAAAAUCUGCUAAAUAAAAAUAAGCAAACCUGAA